CAUUGCUGUGGCUCUGUGUAGUUGCAGGCUGGUGGUUGCUUUCUGUGCACGUAAACAAGGCACAUUAAUGACCCGUUUAAGGUCGACGUCAGGAUGACAUCACAGAAUCAGCUGGAGGGAAACACAGAACAGCACCACCAGGUGGUGACAGAGAGGCGUCGGGUGAGCGAAUAGAAGUAGUAAUAAUUAAAGCAAAGCGUUUCAAAUAGAAUCACCAUGAAAUGAUUGAAUCGAUCUCUAGUACUUCUUUAUAUAUCCCACGACUCGUGUAGUUACACCACCGUCCACCAGAGGGCGCUGCCUGAUUAGAACACAUCGUAAUAAAGUGAUACACAGGCGGUAUUUUUAGAGCCGACGUCUCAGGUGGAUCAAACUCAACCUAGAAACAGAAGAUUUGGGUCAUCAUCGACAACUCACAUGUUUACUAAUUAACAAACUGUGUUUACAAACAACAAAUAGAGAGAGAGGGAGAGAGAGAGAGAGAGAGAGAGAGCGAGAGAGAGAGAGAGAGAGAGAGAGAGAGAGAGGUGUGACUGUUUACCUGCUGUCUCAUAAUGUGUGUGUGAGCAUCUGAUUGGUGCAGACGAGCAGCAGGUACAGUUGGCUGCAGGCCGAGAUUCCUGCAACACUGAGUCACAUGGUCUGAUCAUUAUCUGUACACACACACACACACACACACACACACACGCACGCACGCACGCACGCACACACACACACACACACACACACACACACACACACACACACACACACACAGAGCAGGAAUCAGUGUAUUGUAUGAUUGCACAAGCCCUUCCCCCUCCCUCAGAUCUCCCUCCCUCUCUCUCUGCUCCUUGUUCGCUCUCUCUCUCUCUCUCUCUCUCUCUCCCUCUUUCUCUCUCACACACAAACACACACACACCCUGUGCGAGCGAGCAGCGAGUCGGUGCAGAGCCCUGUCGAGCAGAGAGGAGAUGAGAAGGAGGAGUCCGUGUUAGGGAGUCUACCUCUGCUGAGUUUCAGAGUCGGAGGAGUGGAGCUGUCCGACAACAUCACCCGAAAGUUUGCCUUUAAGGUGUGGCAGGAGGAGGACGAGCAGGGUGAUGAAGGUGAGGUGAAUAGGUCCGUUGUGUUCUGUAUGCAGGCGGAGCACGCAGGAACCAGAACCUACUUCUUCAGCAGCGACAGCCAUGAGGAGCAGGAGGACUGGAUCAGAGCCAUGAGCCAGGCCACACAGGUUACCGUGGAAACGGAGAGAAGGACGAUCUCAGACACCCCAGCUGAUAUCACCUCGGUAACCAAGACCCCUGACCCCCCCACACAGCAGCCCCCCAAUACACAAACAGACUCUGAGGCUGAACCUGAGCCCCCCCUCACUAAGACUAACGGGGUGGACUGCCAGGAAACGCCCCCACCCUCAACCCCCCGCUCAAACACUGACGGGAGAAGUGGGGUGGGGGCAAGAGAGGGGGAGGAUGAGGGGGGAGGCCCUGGCCCUGACACCUCCACCCACCCGAACCACCACCCAAACGGUUGGAGCAACCAUGGCUCUUCUAAAACUCUGCCCACUAACAACAGCAGCAGAAUCCCCCCCUCGAGGAGCCACAGUGUACACGCCCCACCUCAGGGACACACCCCCUUUCAGGGCCACCUGGAGGGGGGUGGCGGCCCCCUACAGGACCCAAGGGACCAGCAGGAGAACGUGGUGCUGAGGCGGGGCUUCGUCCCCCGCACAGCUCCAGAGAGGGUGGCCCAGAGGAAGAGCUCCAUGGCUCAGCUGCAGCAGUGGGUCAACCAAAGGAGGGGCGUGGCCUCCCAGGAGGACCUCCACAGCCCCUCUCGUUAUUACCCUGUGGGUCGAGGGGUCCCUGCUGAUUAUUAUGGUUUCCCUGGAGGCCCCCCCUUCAUAGAGGACUACCCUCUGUACCCUCCCGGAGUCCGCCCUGACAGCAUCUGCACGAUGUCUGCAGUGGGGGGUUACGACCGCCGCUGGACCGUGGAGGAGAAGCGUCACUCUCUGAGGGACGGCCCCCACCAGCUGUACGGACCCCCCAUGUCCCGGGACUCAUGGGGGCCACAGUACUAUGGAGGGAUGGAGACGUCUAUGAGGCGUCUGUCCAUCCAGCCCCGGUCCAGGUCAGUCCCGCGGUCCCCAUCCUCUUGUUCGGGGGGACCGUACUCUCCGGUACCACACAGCUUCGCCUCGCCAGCUCGAUCGCCGUCCGCCCGCUUCGACCGAUUCCAGGGCAGGAUGAGGGACGACGUGAUCUAUGCUGAUCCAUCUGUGUACGGUCUGAGGAGGUCACUGAGCUCCCCCAAGUAUGACUACCCUGGAAACAGGAGGUCCUUAAGCCAAGGAUUAUACUACAACUACCCCGUCUCCCCCUCCAUCCACAGUAAAAUGGAGGACAUGUUAGACCUACAGCUGCAACGCAACCUGGAUUACUUAGACCAGCAGGUUCCCGACGGAAGUCAUCUGAUAACCAGAAUGUUGGAGCGCUCUCCCUCAGCAGCAAAGCUCUGUGUCCAAGUGCCUCCGUUCCAUGACGUCUACAGAGGAGAGCUUCACCCAACGCUAAAGCUCAACGAGAUAGAAACCAGCAAACUCCUGGGUCGACUGUGUGAGCAGAGCCGGAGCCUUAAAGACCACGAGGCUGUGGUCCACAGACUGAGGAUGGACAAGGACAGCCUGGAGGAGGCGCUGGUGGUGACUCAUCAGGAAAUGGAGCUGUAUCACAACCAACCUUUGGCCAUGGAGAAGCUACGGUACAAAAAGGAAACCCUGCAGAACCAGCUCAUCAACAUCCGAGGAGAGCUCUCGCAGGCCUCCAGUGCUUUAACCACCACUCGUAUGGAGUUUGAAGCGUUGGAGGACGAGGCCAGCGCCAUUCAUGGAGACCUGUGGGAGCAGCUGAAUGCAGGAGGACAGGUAGAGAGUGAGCUGGUUCGUCGGCACAUCCAGAAAGAGUUUUGGCGUGUGCAGGACGUGUUAGAGGGACUGCACAAGAACAACUCGUCCAGAGGAACAGACACAGCCAAGCACAGAGUGGCCGGCGGUGCAACAGGCUCCUUUAGCACCAAUAGUCCAGCCAGUCCCCUGAGCUCAGUAAGCCUCACCAGCCCGCUCAGCCCCUUCUCCCCCGUGCCCGGCUCCCAGGCCUCCCCCACCAAACAGCUGGGCCCGGAGGAAAACGUCCCCCCAAGGCCUCCCCUCCCUAAGUCUUACUACCCUUUGGAGCCCUCCUCCACCUUCCCCCCCUCCAUCCCCCCCCUGCCCUUUGACAGCACCGCCUGGCUGCACAGCUUGGGCAUCGAUGAAGGUUACCUAGACGGUGAAGAUGGUCUCUUCAGAAAGUUUGGAGAACAGAUCAUGGGUGAUGUGCAGGAGCAGCUCCAGGACCGACAGUCCAGCGUGAACAAAGUCGGUAUCGUUCCUCCAAGAACUAAAUCACCGACAGACGAGUCACACAUGGGACCAGCUCGAGCUUCUCGGUAUAACAGCCGAGCACAGAACGGAAUCUCCAGGGAGCGUCCAAAGAGCGCCGUGUUCACUGCCGAGGUCAAAUCCAAGAUGAGCGUGGAGGAGCAGAACGAGCGAAUCAGACGGAACCAGAGCAGCUCUGUGAGGGACAAGAGGCGGAGCCUUAACCUGUCAGGUGGCCAGUCUCCAGCCAACUACAAAGUGAUUCGACGGCGGUUGACAGCCCACGAGAUCGACAUCAAAGACUUGGAGGCGGCGGUUCGAGGUCAGGGUCUGGAGUCGCCUCGGGAGGAAAUCGCACGCCUGAGACGGCUGCGGAUGGAACCGGAACACUACGAGCUGGACAUCGGCAAGGGGCUGAUGGCUCCUGAUAAAGUCCUGAUCCCGGAGCGCUACCUAGACGUGGAGGACGACACUCCUCUGAGCCCCGAGGAGCAGAAGGAGAAGCAGAAGAAGCUGGAGAGGAUAAAGACGCUCAUCGCCAAAUCAAAUCUGCAGAACAUGGUUCCUGUGCUGGACGGUCCCGUGGAGGGUGUAGCUCCCGUUACCUCCCAGCAGCAGCUGCAGGAGCAGGAGAAGAGAAUCGAAAUCUCCUGCGCUCUGGCUGCUGAGGCGUCUCGCCGAAGCCGCAUUCUGUCUGCCCAGUGCGUCCCCAGCCCCCCCACCUCCCCGACCAGCCUGGCCCCUCCCCCUUCCUCAGCUGACCUCCCAAACUCCGCCCACAUCAUGAAGGUGUGAGUCCUACCAGCUCAAGCCCUGGCGGCCGUGAAGUUUGACGGGGCGUCUUUCUGAGGACCACUGGACGAACUGAACGAGAAAGAUAGACUUUUUAUUUUCUUUAGCACCUAAACUGACUCAACAGAAGCACUGGGGUACAUUUACAAACCCAUCAAGAAGCUGAAGGACUUCUGACCCACCAACACACACACAUACACACAUACACACAAUAACCUCUGACCCCUCCGACCCUAACGGUCUCCCACUGUGUGAGGCUGCAGAUCGACCAGCUGUGUGAUUCACCGUUUAGCUCAGGACACAAAGAUUACAGAUGUUGCUAGGUCACUAUGUUGAUGAUGGCGUGUUUUAAACUCUGAGAACUGAGGUCUGAUGGAUCCGGGGAGUACUGCAUGUGAGAGGACCAGGCGGGAGAAGAACAAGGAGGACAUAUUAAAGAAGACGUUUCAUGAUCAUUUCAUGUUGGAGAGAGAGGAGGGGGCUCAGUCUGAGGGUCUCUGGAGGGUUUGAUCUCUGGAGUGUUUGAGCGUCACAUCUCUGAUAAAUACUGCGGCGCAGUUACCGCCAACUCUCAGCAGAUGACUAUGUUUACACUCAGCCUAAUUGUGCGUGGCUGUUAGCGCCCCCUGUUGGUGAGUUAGCCUCUUUUUACAAUGAGGCUGAUUCACAGAGAAAGAGAUGAUUGCUCCCCAAAUGACUGAAUAACGGAUCAUUUAAAUACAAACAGCGAGGGUCAGAGACGCAGUUUGCGCAGUUAGAGGAACAUUUAAUUUUGUGAGUGUUUGUGACUCAGACGGCGUCUCUUUGACUCGUUCGGUUUAGAGCAAACAAAAGCAGCUCUUCAGAGAUUCAGACCCUCAGAGUGAAACCUCUCAUCGUGUGUAUAGAUCUAAUGACUUACCUGAACUCACUGUGACACCUGUUUCACCCCCCCCCCCCCCCCCCCCCCCCCCCCGCAACCCGGUAAAAUGCUCGUUUUUUUAUCUGUAUGCACCGACUCUUCUGAUUGGUUCACCUGGGUUUUUUUUCACUCACUUAUAUCAGAGGGGUCCUCUAAGUGAGCAGCUCCUCUCUCUGUAUGUUUGUUUGGUCGUCGUCAUGACAGAACUCAGGCCCCUCCCCCUUCCAUCAAGGCUGUUUAUGUGUUCGGUACGUUGAUUCUUUUUUAUACCACAAGUUUUCAAACGCCCUUUUCUUUUAAUGAUCUAUAGAAUCAAAAGGUUCUGAAGCUCUCUAAAUGACACGGACACGUAUAUGACCUUUACCCAGACGUCCCCGUGUUUUCGAUUCUUCUUAGAACCAUCUCAAAGGUCGUAGUGGUGGUCGGACCCUCCGCUGGUCGUGUGCGUUUGUAAAGCGUAGGUUAGAAAGUGAUUACGUUGGAUCUGUGGAAGUGAAACUAGAAGUGACCUUAGAAGACGUGUUGUUUAUCAUAUCGUUCUAUUCCUGAACUCAUGCAGUGCCAUUCGUCUGACGUUAAUUCAUCUCCUGAACUCUGGAGGAGCUGCAGCUCAAGCAGUCAGCGUUAAAUAAGAUCAAUGUUUACAGACUAUAAAUCAUUCAUCUGGAUCAGAACAUGAUGAAAACACGUUCAUUCUCUUCUGAAAGGAUUUAUUCCUGAUGUUUAUGAUUUUGUCUGAUAAAUAAAUAAAAUCAGUGUUUCUUGUUGUAAUACUCAAUUCAGCCACUAGAGGCUGAAAUAAAAUGCUAAAAUGUGUUUUUUUUUUUUACGUGAAACUGUUUUUAACCUGCAGAAAUUUUUUUAUUCACGAUGAUCACAAAGUCAAAUUAAACUUUAAGGAACUCUUCAGAAUUCAUCCCUCCGGGCUCCCGUACUUAAAAACAAACUACACAAAUAUUUAACCCUUUCAUGCAUUCUGGUCACCACAGAUGACAGAUCAGUCAUCAGUUCAACAGCUGUUUGCCCCUGAAUGCAGCAGUGGACUGAGAUUAGCCCCACACUGCCCCCCACUGGGCGGACUUUGUACGUGAAACUAAAAGCUCUUCAAAGUAAAAAUGGCCAAUGCAGAGUCAGAACUUGCAGCGCUGCAUGAUGUCUGUGACUUCUCUAAUAAAAUGCCCUGUUGAGCUUUUUGUUUCGUAUAUUUUUAAUUUGUGAACUGCAGCCAUCGAUCAAAGUUUCACUGAAAUGUGCUUUUAAGGAAUAAUUAAUCAGAAUCUUAUUUAAUUUCUCAGUUUGAGGAUCUGUUAGUGUGAAGGUCGUCUCUUUGCUGAAGCUUCCUCCAGAUGUAAACAUUCUGACCCUCCACACACACACACACACACACACACACAGACACACACACAGACACACACACACACAUAUGCACACGCACACACACACACACACACACACACACACACACACACAAACAGACACACACACAGACACACAACCUGUUACGUAUAUCUCUGCUGCCUCAAUGUCGUUCAGUCGGUCAUGUUGUUUGUAGAAAGCGUUCAGACUCGGAGCCCCUCCCCCCUCAUGUACUAAAUAAAGUUUAAAUAAAGUUUUUCUGACUCGGACGCCGGUCUGAGGCCGGCGCAGUGACGGCGUUCAUUUUAUGUGCAAACAGGAUUUCAGAGAAAACGUCUAUUUUUGUUUGAGUUUUGUAAGAAGGGAACGUGUCUGCAGAGCCAGGGAGUAUUUUUUUAGCUGCAUGGAGAUUUGAAGACAGGUUUUUACUCGGGGUUCAGUUUGACGCUCUUCACACAGGGGGCGUGUUCGAGGAACACCGGCACUAUGACGGCAGAACUUUGAUAUUUUUGGAUCUUUUUGAACGUGUUGCAGACAGACAGCUCGAAGAAGAGUUCAUCUUUGAUACCACAUGUAGCAUCUGUUCAGUGUAACCAGUGUACAUAAUGUUUUCCAGUAUAUCUGCACAUGUAACCACUGCUCCUCUGGGGGAAAUACACAAACUGCUUGAUCUAUGCAAAUGUUAAAAAACAGACGAAUAAUAUGACGCUUGCAAUAAAGUGAAUGUAAACAAACCAAGUGUUUCUCUAGAA